AUGGCUUUUAUCGUUACCAAAGUCGUGAUAUCUGUGGGCCACAAUGUGCUUAGCAUUGAAUUGGCGUUCAACAUACUCCAAAGAAAAGUGUUUGUCGACAAUAAAGUGGACGUAUUUAUUUUAACUUUAGACGUUAACGAAGUAAUUGAAACGGCUGAACAUAUUAAAAAAUGUUGUUUCUCCAACUUGAAUGAAUUAAUCGUGACCGGAGAUUAUCUCGAGGCGUUCUCGAAGGCCGAUUAUCUUCUACUAAUGACUAAUCUGAAUGCGUCUGACCGCGUAGUUCACGAAAACAUCCACAACUUAGAUCAUGUUUUCAAAAAGGCCAAAUUGUUCGACCGUCUGGCCAACCCGAAUGCUAGGAUCGUGGUAAUGGGACCGUGGUCAAAUACGUGGUUACAGAUUUUCGCGGAAGUCGCGACACGCCUGCGCAAGUGCAACUUUACCGGUUUGUCUAGACAUCACGUGAGUAAAGCUUUGGGGAUCAUCGCACGAAAACUUGAUUGUGAAAUUCAAGAACUGUCAGACGUAUAUGUUUGGGGAAAACAUCACUUGGACAUAACUAACGCUAAGAAAAAAACGAAAUUUGGACCGGGAAAAUAUGAUUUGCAGUGUAUGGUGAAAACGCAGAAUGUUAUGGAUUUAUUACCUUCGAAUUGGAUUGAUAAUGUUUUUACGCCGCAGUUUGAAGCAGUACAAAUCGUUAAAACCUAUAGACAAUGCGUUAUAUCGGCGGUUUGCUAUCACAUUAUCGAUUGGUGUCAAGGCACAUAUGAUAGAACGGUGUGCAUGACACUUUUCAUACACCAACCAGGACAUAUUAACGAUUGCGUUUUCUCAUCAUACCCGGUGGUCAUCAGCAAGUCUGGACAAAUUUCUGUUCGUAACAUUGAAACGGAUUCUCAACAAUAUGUAAAAUUGUACACAUAUCUUGAAAAUCAACAAAAAGAAAAGUGUCUUAUUCGCAAUUACAUCAAGUAUAAUAAUAUCGAAUAA